AUGAGUACUGUCUACCUCGUGGAUAAACUAGAAACCCACUCAAAAAUGUUGAUAUGUAGUAGCGCUAAAGUAAUUGUUCCUACAAUGGAUCUCGUCAAAGCAGAAAUAGCGAGGCAACGUGAGAAGCUAGUUAACAGCGGAUUGUGUGAUAAAAAGUUCUUUAAGCGUUCACUGUUAAAACAAAAGGAAGAAGAGGAAUAUUUCAGCAAAUCCAAGCGCAUUAAAGAACAAGCGAACAACAAUGAGGAUUAUAAUUUUAGAAUUAAAACAGAGGAGGAGGAUCUCUUGUUGAAAAAGUUCGAAGAAAGAAAUCGGGAAGAAAGAGAAAAAGGGAAGCUUAUGCCUCGUAAAGAAGUUAUUCGUCUUCUAAGGGAACGUAAUCAACCCAUACGAUUAUUCGGUGAAAGUGACUAUGACACUUUCCAACGGUUGAAAAGGGUUCAACUUUUAGAACCUGAAUCAAAAGGAUUGCGCAAUGAUCUAAUUGCAGCAUUAGAUAAGUUAGAUGACGCUGAGGAUGAAGAGUUUUAUACCUCAGGUCGUGGAAAAUCAGCUUCUGAAUCUCAGUCCGUUGAUAGCUCAUCAACCUCUACCCUGGAUGUAAAAACAAAAGAAAAUGUAUUAACAGAAGACGAACUUGAGAAGAUAAAGAUAGAUUUAGCCCGUUACGUCACAAUGAAAGAGGGUACUGCUACUGAUGACGCAACGACUGCGGUUGUUACUAUUAGUAAACUCGCCCCAAAUAUUGUAUGUACCAAUGAUUUUGACGAGGGGUUUCAUGAUCAAGUGAUCGAUCACACCCUUCGCUACUUGAAGUUCCUCUUGUCAAAAUGGGGUCAUGCUUUGAAUACUAGAACUAAAGAAGAAAAACUAUCUUAUUCUGGAAAAAUGGCUAGUGCAACAUAUACCCAAACAGUAGAGUAUAUUAAACCACUUCUUCGUACACUUCAGAAUAAUCGUUGCAAAGAUGAUAUUUUGAAUUCUUUGGUUAAAAUCAUGGUUUUGAUGAUUGAUCGGAACUACCUAAAGGCCAAUGAUGCUUAUUUAGAAUUAGCAAUUGGUAAUGCUCCUUGGCCGUUAGGUGUGACAAAUCAUGGUAUUCACUCACGUACUGCGCAAGAAAAAAUCUAUGCCAAAAACGUAGCACACGUUCUGAACGAUGAAACACAACGUAAAUAUAUUCAAGCUAUAAAAAGACUAAUGACACAAUGCCAAAAGUUUUUCCCAUCAGACCCUUCAAAAUCUGUAAAUUACAUGGGCACUGUGGGGUAA